CAUAACAACCCCAAUAAGUAGUGGGAAAUAAAGAAUUUGGUGAAUAAAUAUAGUAUUAGCAUUAUGGGAAUUUUAGAAACUAAAAUAAAAAAGAGAAGGAGGAGGAGAUUAUGAAUAAGAUGCUUAAUGGAUGGGGUAUGAUAAACAACAUUGAUUGGCAUCCCCUAGGGAGAAUAUGGGUGGUCUGGAAUAAAAGGAAGAUUCAUAUGAAAGUGUUGGAUAGAACUGCACAAACAGUUCAUUGUAAGGCUAGGGAGAUGAAUAAUAAUGAAUACUUUUGGAUUACUUUUGUCUAUGCCUUUAAUGAUCAAGGGAGUAGAUUACAGCUGUGGGAAAGACUGAAGGGAUAUGCCCAGAAUAUGGGGGACCCUUGGUGCUGUGUGGGAGAUUAUAAUGUUGUACUGGAGAUUGAGGAUAGGAAGGGAGGUAACCAGGUCACUGAUGAUGAAAUUAGGGAUUUCAAGGCAUGUGUGCUAGAAUGUGGGCUGGAGGAAAUUCCCUGGGUAGGAUCUUACUAUACAUGGUCAAACAAACAGGGGCCUGAAAACAUAAUCUGGUCUAAGAUAGAUAGGGUAUUAUCUAAUGAUGUCUGGAUGAGCAAGUAUGGUACUAAAACAAGAGUUCUGAGUGAAGGGAUAUUUGAUCACUCCCCCUUACUGAUUACUAAGGUGGAUUUAUACAAAGCUAGCCCAUUUAGGUUCUGCAACAUGUGGUUGAAGGAUCCAAAGAUGGGGCAAAUAAUGGAGGAAGAAUGGAGAUAUGAGGAUUCCAACAAGAACAUGUACCAGUUACUAAAGAAUAUGAAGAAUCUUAAAGGGCCCCUAAGGAAACUUCAUAAGGCAGAAUACAGUAAUAUUCAUAUGCAACUGGAGGAGGCUAGAGGAAAAUUAACAAAGUUCCAGCAAGAGUUACAAAAAACUCAACUGACAGAGGAUUUGAUAAAAGAAGAAAAGGAACUGAGGGAUAAAUUACACAAAGCAAUUAGAGCUUCUCAUAGUAUGAAGUGUCAGCAGAGUAAACAGACAUGGCUCACUGAAGGAGAUAAAAGCUCUAAGUUGUUUUAUGCAUGGAUCAAAAAAAGGGCUGCACAGAAUUAUAUAGUGGCAAUUCAGAAUGAUAUAGGGAAAAUGGAGGAAGGAACAACGAACAUAGCCAAUACUUUUGUGAAGUACUACACCCAACUUCUGGGAACUAAGAAUCAGGCUAAUGGAAUACAUGACACUAUAGCUAAGCAAGGUAGAGUGUUGGACUUGGAGCAACAACUAAAUCUGAUCAGACCCUUCAAUGCACAACAAGUCAAAGUGUUAGACAAGGCGUGCAACUCUAGAGGGAGGGUGAAUAGAGUUGUUGAGAAUGUUUACCGAUUUUCGCAGGAUUAAAAAUAUAAACGUAAGUGCAGCGGAAAUAAAAUAGAGAAGGGAAAGAACACACCGAUGUAUACUGGUUCACCACCUCGUGGCUAGUCCAGUUCCCCGAGAGACUUUCUCGAAGCUACCACUACUUCCGUUAAGCUUACGGGUGCUUAACAAACCGUU